AUGGCUUUUCCUUCAGGACAAGCACCAAUGGUGCUGGCGGUGAUGUGGGUGCAAACGAUAUUGACUCUCAUCUUUGUCCUUUUGCGCCUCUACACUAGGCGCAUCCUGCUGCGAAACAUUGGCCCAGACGAUCAUCUCAGUUGGAUUUCAAUGGUACUUUUCAUCUUGUAUACGACUUUCGUCACGGUAGCAGCUUUUCACGGGCUUGGAAAUCACGCCGCAGACAUUACUCUGGAGCAGUUCGCCGAGUCCACAAAAUGGGAGCUCAUGGGCCAGUCAAGCAAUAUCCUCGCCAUUGCCACGAGUAAAUGCUCGGUGGCCAUUUUCCUGGUCCGAAUUGUCGUCCAGGACUGGCACAAGUGGGCGCUGCACUUUUGCAUCUGGAGCACCGUCUUUGUGUGUGUGUCGUGUAUCAUAUUGAUGUAUACGCAAUGCACACCUGUACAUGGCAUCUGGGAUCCAAGGGUGACCGACACUGUUUGCCAUAUCAACUUUACGGCGGACGCCAUCUUCUCUGGAUCAUAUACUGCUGCGAUGGAUUUCUUCUUGGCCAUUUUCCCUUGGUUCAUUCUGUGGAAUCUCAACAUGAAGCGCAAGGAACGACUCACAGUCUCGAUUGGACUGUCACUGGGAAUCAUUGCCGGUAUCUGCGGUAUUGUCAGAGCCGUAGAGCUAGAAGCCAUUGAUUCCAAGGCUGAUUACCCAUAUGUCACCGUUCCUAUCCUCAUAUGGGGCUCGAGCGAACUAAUGGUCUGCAUCCUCUGCGCCACAAUUCCGGUGCUGCGACCAUUCUACAAGCACGUGACGGGCCGCGGAAGCUCUACUGACCCAUACUCUAAUAAAAAUUAUGGAUCGCAAGGUCCCAAUGGUAGCAAUUGGCAGGAGCUGGAACCCACGAGCAGAACCAAGAACGCGACUGAGUCGGUCACGUGGAAAAGUCGAAAUGCUGCGACAGUCAAGGGCGACAACGCGAGUGACGAGAGUGCUCUGUUUCAGUCGGAUGAUGCAGACACCCGCAAAUUUGCGGGCGGUAUCAAGAGAACGACUGAAGUAAAUGUUUCAUAUGCAUAA